CGGACAAUCGACGAUCGAAGCUGCUUUUUUCGGGUACGCGACGCGCUGUCGUUUCGGUUUUUUUUUUUCGAGGUACAUUUUCGCGAGCGGUGUGUGUGUUGUGUGAGUAGAGCAGAGUGUAUUUUUUGGAAGACAGCCGAAAAACAAAAAGAAGGUACAGAACGGUACGCAUUUUGCGGUAGUCGAGUGUUAUUUUUUCCUGUGGAGCAUUUUCCGCGCGCGAGGCUUUUCUGUGUUAAGUGAACGGGAUUGUUUUUCCGAGCGAUAAAACGGAAAGGAACAAAAGCGGAUCGGAUCGGGUUCACCGAUCUGCUGCUGCUAUUAUACAGCGAGCGGCGUUGCGUUUUCCGUGGUAUCCGAAAAACGAAAAAGAAGCGAAAAAAAUACUUCAACAAUCUUGGCGUACGUGUGUGUAGAAGUUGUUUUCCUUUUUCGGGUUUUGUGUUUUUUUUUGCUUGUUGGCUCGUUGGUGCAUUCGAAUAACCUAACAUCGGGCAGCUGGAGGAGACGAAGAAGGAACCUAACGAAAAUUGAACGAGAGUCGCUUCUGCCGUCAAGGUAGGAUAACCCGAGCAAAAAAAGAGUUGGAUUUUUUUUGUUUUUGAGUGGAAAAGUGUUGAAAAUGUGUGAAGAUGCCAGGUUGAUAAGAAUGUAAUGUUUUUUUUUGAAAACAAAAAGUGAAUGUUUUUGUCUGCUCGGAGAAGGAGGUGAAAAAUUUGCGGCUGUGUGUGAAGCAACAAAAGUAUUGCCUGCCGAAGAGAGAGAAAGGCUACUUUCGAAGCGGCACCGAAUUCCAACAAUAUUUUGAUUUGUCUGGUUGUGCUAUUUUCGGUGAAUUUUCCGUGUGUUUCCGAAUAGACAUUUUCUCGACUGUGGCUGCGAGUCGAGUUCAGUUCAGGCUGCCGCCGACGAGAGGAAAGGUGUGAAGCGAAAUAGUAGCAAAAACAAAGAAGAAACAUCGGCCUCCAACUCGCUAACACACACAUACUGACAGGCUCGCCUGGCUGUGGCAAAUACUUGGGGCCGUCGUCUCGACGGUUCUUCCACGGAAGAGUACUCACCGGGAAGAAACGGACGGAAAUUAAAUACUCCCAUUUGGCGAGGAAGGAACGACCGACGAGAGGAAAGGUGAUGUCGGUUUGGUAGGCUCUUGGCACAAGCAGCCAGGAAAUAGCUAUUUAAUUGUUCUCCACUUGCUGCUUGCCGAUUGGAUUGAUUGCCGCUCCCCCCGCAUAUCUGCCUUCGAGUGCCCGGGGAGAGGGAAGAAAGCCAUAUCAAAUCGAUUCCCGGCUGGAUUGGAAUGCCGGGUGUUUGGGGCGAAUGAGAAGCUGAGAGCUGCCUGUCUACGAUUGAAGAAAGGCUACCUUUUUCCGCGAACCUUCGCCGAGAAGACAUCCGUAUUUGGGAUUACCAGCGCGCAAUAAGAUUUGCGGCCGCGACCGCGGCCUCCCCACUGCAAAGACGUGAUAAGAUUGAAUUUUUAAUAUAUGGCAAGCUGGAAACGUUUCGGAACUGCAUCACUGCGCCGCAAUGCGCUGCAACGGGAAGCGGGCAGCCGUGAAUCGGUAAAACCAUAAUCGGCAACUAAGUUGCACGAAAAAAAAAUAUUAAGUACAGUAGAACCACAAUCGCGCCAGUCAUCGUAAAAUGUAGCCCUCACCUCGGGUCAGCCCGAGCUUGUCCGAGUCGUUUUUUUAUUUAUUACGCAACCAUCAAGUUGAGCCGGCCGUGCCGUGAACACCAACUGGGACCGGAAGUGGAUCAAUCGAGAGUUGAAUCGAGCAAUGGCAGAAAUAAGCCCAAGUGGAACACAGACGGGUGGAGGAGCUAAUGCCACGCAAGGUCCUCCGGUGCCAGCAGUGCGAACUUCAUCGCUUCAACCGGUUCCCCCGCCCCGAACUACGACGCAGGCAAUAGUGCACCACUCGGCUCCUUCCCAGCAACAACAUCAACAGCAACAACAGAACCAUCACUUGCAACAAUAUGUUAGUCAACAGUCCCAACAACAACAGCAGCAACAUCAUCUCCCUGGAGUACAGCAUCCGCCGCCGCCACCAUCGCAAUCGUCGAUCCCGCCGAACACUAAUCAGAUUUUCGCUACAACCGGUUUACUGAGUGGACCACGGCUCGUCGUGCUGCAUCGGCACAAUGGCGAUUUUGGAUUCACCCUGCGGCACUUUAUCGUGUAUCCUCCGCCGGAAGCGACCUCAGACCCCAACGCUGGCCGAUUAGCGGCUGCUGCCGGUAUGCCCAACUUUGCCCAGCCAAUGGACACCGUGUUUGUGAAGAAGGUUCAUCCGAAUUCACCGGCAUUCCUAGCUGGACUGCAGGAAGGUGACCGGUUGCUUGCAGUGAAUGGCAUUUCGGUGGCUAGUCUCCCCUAUGCCCAGGUCGUGGCCACGAUCCAGCAAACUCCGAAAACUCUGACGCUGCAGGUUGUACCCAAGAACUACGAUCUGCUGCAAACGUAUUUUAGCGAAACGGCCUACAAUCCGGAGACGAAUCAGCGACCUCAACCGCAACAGCUCUUCCUUCCGAAGGCGGCCUCAACGCCAAACUCGCGAACGGCUGGAGUCAAACGAGUGCUGACCGACGUACAGGAAAAGCAGGAAUCUCUCUACAGCACGCUUCAGGAAAUUGUUGGAAACGCGGCAGUCCCCACAUCGGCAGCAGCCGCAUCAAACGCAAAUAAAGCAAUCUACGCGGAAGUUUCCAAAGUCCGAUCACCACCGGUAGCAGCUGAAGCUCCCAGCAACCUUCCAAUGCCUGUGUUACAACAGCGCUCCAAUAACCCACUGGUUUUCGAUUUUGAUCCAAUCAAACAGCAGCAAUAUCUCGCCCAGCAGCAACAUCAACAGCAUUUGCAACAACAACAAAAAUAUCUGCAACAAGGAAAGGAUAACGAUUCGAUCAGUUCGUACGAUUCGGUAAAAUCUACUGCUACCCUCUCAGCAAACGACGUCCUGAUGGGCGGCGGCGAUAGUGCAAUAAUGUCCCGGCAGCGGAAAAUUUUCGAAAAGAAGGAAGAAUUUCUACUGUAUCCACACUCGGCUCUGCAGCGGGAAUUCUAUGGACGACCAAAGCGGUUAGAAAAACCUGUCUGGCCACCGCCAGCCGGUACCACCAAUCAACCACAACCACAACAACAACUUAUGCCUGUGAUAACCGCUGCUACCAACGAGCAAGAUUCCUUAGCAACAAAACCAACGAAAGCAUCCUUCGGCACGCAAACGACAAAAGCCGCUGCAGCAACAAUUGCCGCUAAUUCAAGUAACCCGGCUAACAGCCGAGAGCAGCGUACGACCCAUCUGUCGACUAUUCGUGAACAGUUCUUUAGCGGAAUUAACGGAACCGGCAGUGUUCCCCAGCAGCCACAACACCCGUCGGAGUUGGGCUUUACUGUAUCUCCUAAAUCGGCACCUCCAUCGUUAACCAUACAAAGGGAGCAACAGCAGCAGCAGUUGUUACUACAGCAACAGAAUCAGCUCAGUGGUUCACAGUCAGCGCUUCCGUUGUCCCCGCAAAGUAUGCACGUUGUUUCCGAGAAAGCCAAACUAUUCGAAUCCGGCAGGCCACUGUCUCCGGAUGGGAUUGAUCGGGCUGAAUUGUACAAAAGUGAGCUUAGCAGAAUGAACACUAAACAAGUAGUGCCAAACGUUGCCGUACGACGGAAAGAGUUCGAGCGUAAAGCGGAAAGCACUGGAUGGAGAAGAUCUACCGAAGAAAAACCACGCUCCAUCAGUUCCGAUUCCGAUAGCCGCCGAACACCGGUCCGGGUGCGAUCUCUUUCGGUCGAAUCCAGUUCGAUCAAGGACCCAACGCUGCUGUACAAUGACAGCGUCACCACCAGUGACGAUCAGCAGCUCGGGAUUGGCUCUGGGCCAUCACCGGGCUCGUGCACUUUGCUGCGUCAGCGUCCGGUACGGGAAAAUUCCUACCGAAAUGCGCUCCGUAGCUCGACAGCCUUUUGGCUACAAGGACCAGCCACAUCGGGAUCAUUUGUACCGCCACCGUCAGCCUUGAGUCCUCCUCCUGUUCCUGCUCCUCCUCCUCCGGCAUCAGCACCGGCCAGUACUACCCACGGUCCUGCAUCCUUUCCCUUUACCAAUUCCAAAUCACCACCGGCGCCAUCGACCUCGCUAACGCUCGGUAUAGCACCGGUUGCUCCGGCACGUACCUAUGCGGCAACGCAUCGGUUGCAUCCCCUCACGGAGGAACAGUUUCGGCUGAGGAUGUUGCACCGAAAUCAAACGAUCGUAGAGGUUCAUAGUCAACCUAGCUCGGGAAUUGGUGGUGCCCUUAGCAUCGCUAACAGUAGUAACAGUAGCAGCAUCAGCGACGAUGGUGGUGGUGGUGGUGAUGGCGAUGUCGAUAUGAUGUCGUCAGUUCCUUCCUUUUCUUCCUCCCCCGUGAUGAUUUCCCCUUCGAUUACAACCGGCGGCACUAGCACAUCAGUAGCACCGGUGGCGAUGGCUGCUUCCGGUAGUGGUCCUCCGGUGAAUGCUGCUGCUGCAGCUCCUUCUACGGCGGCAGUCCGACCGACGACGUUGAAUUUGUGUUCAGAUUCCAGCCAAGUUGUGCUUCGCCAGAAACAGCAGAAACAACAGCAGCAGCAGAAAAACGCAACGCUAACCAUCGAAGAGGAUGAACGAAAAACCCGCCGGAUAUCGUACCUGCGGGCCACGGCACACGAUAACAUGUUCCAGAUGGAGUCGGACCCCUCGGACAGUAGCCCCAUGUCGUUGCCGGCCGAUACGCCCGACACCGAACCGGAAGCGAUCUGUGACCAACAACCGCAGCACCAACAACAGCAGCAGCAGCUUCAGCAGUCGCAGUCCAUCGCCGGUGGUGAUCCGCCACCGGUUGGUCAACUACACCACCAGCAAGUGCCACAGCAACUGAAAAGCGCGUAUCGUCCCUGGCGGCGUCCGCGUUUAACCGGCGACAUUCAGCCGCUGCGAAGGCUGUUCGAUGAAUCACCGCCGAUUAUCAAUCUGCCGCCGAUUCUCGAACAACCUGCGACCCCCACGUGUGGUGGUGGCGGCGGCGGAUCGGUUAUGGAUCUAUCCAAGCUUCCCUCCGCAUCCAUAACGGAUAGUGAUGGCGAAGGGGAAUCGAUCGCCGGAACGCCUAGUCCUGUUCCGAGAGCGAAAGCGACUGCACUGGCACUGCAAAAGCGAUCGUCCUCGCUGACGACGGCGACUACGCUGACGGAUCAGCUGCGGGGGAGCAGCCUGGGGAAUCUGCAUGUCAUCACCACUACGUCCGCUUCCGGUGUCGUCACGAGGAGUUACUUCUUCGCCCAAAGUCACAGUGCCAAAUCGAAAGCGCUAGCCCACUUCCGGGACUCACCGGCGGACCCGUCGGUGCCGGUGCAGCGCGAGGGGGAACUGAACAUCAAGGUGACCCUGAUCGAUGGUAAACGCUCCCAGGACCGGAGCUGGCGGACGGUGCACGCCGAACUGCGCGGAACUCGCCUCAAGCUGACGCUGAUUCGCGACGGGAAAAGCUCCAGUCAGAGCCCGGAACCGUCAGGAAUAAUCGAUCUCACCAACUUUCACGUGGCCGAAGGAAAUUACACCAAGCGGAAGAACGUGUUCAAGCUGACGACGGUGUCCUACCACCAUCAGCAGCAUCCGCAACAGCAGUAUCACCAGCAGCACCCAAUGAAUGCCGCCCAGUCCCAUCAGCAUCUGGCACUGCAUCAUACGCAGUCUGCGGCCGGUGGGUUGGUGGGCCUGGCGGGAACUGGACCCUCGUCGGCGUCCUCCUCGGCGGCUACCUCGCUGUACAAGGGCUACGAAAGGGAGCUGCUGAUACAGGCCGAUUCCCACAACGAUAUGCGGCUGUGGAUGGACUCGCUGCGGACGGUGUGCCGGAGCAGUCAGUAUUUGAACAGUAGUGAUUACAUCAACAACUUCGGCGGUCAGCAAGCCGAACCCCAGCGAGUGGCCGCCCUGACAAGUGUGCAAUCAACAACCAGCAACGACGAAUUCUCGCCUGUCCUAUCGGCAAAAUCACACCGCAAGUAUGCCCUCGGGUCACGAUCUCCCUCCGGCCAGUCACCGGUUACCAAAAGCCGCAAGACACCGCAGCAUAACUCGGCAGCAGUUCUCACACCGGCGGCGAUAGCAAAUGCCAACAGUCACCACAGUGGGAAGGAAAGUUCGGACAAGGAAACCGGAUCCCCCAAAUCGAAAACCUGGAAAGGGAUCGUUGCCCGGCAGUUUCGAAAGAUGCAAGGUCAGCCGGGUUCCCCGGGAGCCCAGCAUCCGGAAAUGCUGCUACCCGAUGGAGCUUCCAUCAACGUUCCUCUGCCGCUGUGUCCACCGUCGGAUGAAAACCCGUAUGUUCCUUUGCUGCUAGCUAAGUGUACUGGGAUCGUGGAAACCAAGGGACUGGGAGUGAUCGGAAUCUAUCGGAUACCGGGCAAUACGGCCGCGAUAUCUCAACUGACCGAUCAGGUAAAUCGCGGAAUGGAUGAGGUUACCCUCCGGGAUCCCAAGUGGGAGGACGUAAAUGUGGUUUCCUCGUUGCUGAAAUCGUUCAUUCGGAACCUACCGGAACCGUUGCUACCGAACGAACUGUACCAUAGCUUUAUCUGUGCCGAUAAACUGUCCGGCCAGGCGAGACUGAUCGAGCUGAAGCAACUGCUGAAGCGAAUUCCGACCUACAACUACGAAACGUUGAAGCAUCUGAUGCGUCAUCUGCACGCCGUCAGCACCAACGCGCUGGUCAAUCUGAUGGACCCGCGAAAUUUGGCAAUUGUUUUUGGUCCGUCGGUGGUGCGGUCGGUUAACGAGUCGCUGGAAACGGCUGUCAAGGACAUGAAGCACCAGUGCCAAAUCGUGGAAGUGCUUAUUACUCAUUAUCAAUACUUCUUCGAAGACGAUCUAUUGCCGAUUGUGGUGGAGAAACAAUCAACUACUACCGUUGAUUCGGGUUUGGAUGUACCGUCUACAUCGCUGUUGUUGGAUAAUGUUUCCAAAAUUGAACCCUUCAGAGAAUCAUCAAAGGAGAGUAGCUCACAUUUCGUGGCACAGAUCGUUCAGGCGGCCAAUAGGAAGAUUCGAAGAACGGCACAGCGAAAGAGCACCAUGUCUUCGACGACACCGGACACCCUCUCACUGGAUAGUACAACGUCAGCGGAAUCGAAGGAACGUGCAACGUCCCACAACACCACCCACCAGAAUAACCAUCGAUAUCUGCAUCCGAGCAGCGCGGCGGCGGCUGCUCCUCGCAAUGGAAACCACCACGACGGUACGAGUGGUAGUGGUAGCCAGUCGGAUCCGGUAGCAGCGUUGUUAGCAGCACCGCGUGGUGCAGCAGCACCAACCACCACCAUCGUAGGGUCCGAUGACGGUCAGAAGGAGAAUCUGGUGCAUCAACACCAUCACCAUCAUCAUCACUACUAUCAUCACCAUAGCGGGGGCAGUGGCAGCGGGGACAGCCGGCACCACAGCAGUCAGAGUAAUGAUGAUAAUUCGUCAGUAUUAAAUCGGUCCUCGGAGGAGGACUCGAACGAUAGUGCGUUUGCUGAUAAUGGUUCGAUGUCCCUCAAAACGAUCACGAUCACGCUGGACAACAAGCUGCGCUCGCUGCGUACCUCCUCGAUCGAUUCCGAUCGGGACGUGGCGGAAACGACGCUGGAAAGCGAUUGCGACAACAGCAGCAGCUGCUACAGCACUGCCACUCCCGGCGAUCCGAAUCCGACACCGACGCGUCGUUCAGCGCAUCACUCCAGACCGCUUACGCUCGGCGAAAACAUUCCAUACGCGGACGAGUCCCCGGAACGGCCACUCAUCCAGCCCCGGUCGAAGCCGCUGCGGCAGCAUAGUAACAGUAAUGGUAACUUUCCCAAAUCAUCCGACACCAGCAACAGCAACAGUAAUUUGGUUAACAACAACAACAACAACAAAAACACCAGCAAUACCAGCACCCAUGACGAUUCGGUCAAAUCGGUUCAAUCGCUGGACAGUGGCGGCGGUGCGACCAUCAACUCGGGCAGCGCCAACGACAGCUGCGUAACGCUGGUCAACGAACCACCGGACGAGGACGAGGAAGAUAAGGUGAACAACAUUUCGAUUAGUUCCGACGAUACGGACACUUCCACGACUAGUAAUCCGCGGGAAAAGUUAACCGCUACCUACCGCAUCGAUACGGAAGUGAUUAAGAAAAUGAAUCGGAUUCUGACGAAUCUGGAACGAAAGGCAAAUAAUCUUGAGCGGAAGUUUAAUCUAAACCGGUCGCUGUCUUUGAACUACAAAAAUCACAAGAAUUCAGAGUGCUGUUGUGGACAUGCGGUGGCUACGGUCCCAGGAGGAGGUCCGCUACCUUUGGCUAUGCAGUGCUGCAAUAAUAACCUGCAUAAUCAUCAGAACAAUAAUAGUGUGAGUGUGCACAACAGUUUGAAUAUGCGAUCGCGGCUGUCGCUAACGAAGGACGAAAAAACGGACAAGAACAUUAACCGGCGGAGGCAGAUUCACGACGUCAGCCAGACGACGACGGUGGCGAGUAGUGAGGGUAGCUGUUGUGGGCAGGAUCAUCAGCUUUUACCGGUGGGACCUCAGAUUAUACUAACGCCUUCGGCGAAUCCUCCGCCGGCGACGGCGGCGACAGUGACGGGUGGUGGAGGACGACACCGGCGUCAGUUGGGUAAUAGGUCUAUUCGAAGGAGGCAUACGGUCGGUGGAACACAUGACUACUAUUCGAACAAAAUGGGACAUAAUGGGUCGCAGUGUCAGCAGCAGCAGCAGCAACAGUUACAACAACAGAAUGUGACUGCUGGACGAGGAGGGACUACGGUAGGGUGCGUUGGGGCCGUACAGCAACAACAAGCGGUUUGCGGGGGUGAUGAUAAGGGAUGCAAGGAUUUGGAGUAGAUUGUAAGUGAAUGUGGCUCGUUUGAGGGGAGCGGGUUUGUGGCCGAAUUUAGGUUUGUGUAUUGUACGAGAUUGAUCGUAUGUUUCAAUGUUGAUUCUUUACAUUACAUUUACAAUUUAGUUGGGCAAUUAUUUCGAUAAGUUUUCGAAAUUUACUGUGUAGUUAUAGAAGAAAUUAUUUUGAUACACAUGGCCGAAUAUUUGUAGCGAAAAUUUGCUGAUGGUUUUAUUAUGUGAGACAAGCUUUUCAGCGGUCGAUUACUUCGUUUGCAGGUCCGUUCAAAGGGACGAGCUACUAACUAUAAAGGGCUUUGACAAAGGAAACCAAAAAUUGAUUGAACCAUUUUUCAAGGUUAGGGUCACUUAGCAUGAGAUCAUUUGGCUUAAGAUUAUUAUCCUAAUGGACAGUUGGCGUAACGGUAAUUGAGCAUAGUAGUCAUUAGAGAGAUCAUUAAUCAUUGAGAAGAUCGUUAGACGUGCUAACGAUCAGAGCAGGGAUGGUACACAUCUUCGUAGGGACAGUCUCUAUUGGCUGUUAUAGUGACUCUCAUUUCCCUCAAUGUAACUGCGAUAUCUAUCGAAUUUUCGUCUCUCGCAACCGAUUCAGGAAAGUGGGUACUCAUUAGAACAUCCAGUAUUUCGCCAUUGUCAGUUAUGAGAUAGCCAUCUGCUUGUUUCACUUACCCGAGGCCAUCCUUUGAUAGGAUUUUGUGAAGGCGAACUACCUCUGGUAAGUUUCCAAUGUUUUCGCAGAACACGCGACUCCAGUUACCAGUAAUUUUCGGUUUAUUGAAUAGGCACUCAAUUUCCUUCCUAAUUUUCCUUGCUCGGUAACAUUUGUAUUCUUCUGAGGUACGGUUUCGUAGCACAGUACAGAUGUUGGCAUCAACCUUGAUUUGUGGAAUGAACUUCAACCACAGCUGACAAUAACAAUACCUCUCCAGCGCUUUGUUUGCACUUUGAGGGCAUUUUGGGAGAGUGUUCUUAUACUUUUUCAUCCGCUGAUCCGCAGUUUUUUUUUUAGAAUUGUCCAGUAAUUGUGACAAUUCCUGAGUUGACGCUGAUGGAUUUUGAACUACAGAGACUCGCUGCUUCUUUCCGGAAAUCAAUACGUCGAUGUACUUCUCACCGUGAUCUGCGACCUCGUAUUAUGGUCUUUCGUACGGUUGCUAUAGUGAACGUUUGGUGGUCAGUUGGAGGCAGUCGUAAUUUGUCUCGAACACGAUGAUGAUACCUUUGUUUUGAUCACAUCCUUUGUGGGUGGAUCAAAGAACUCGCCAGGGAUGCGCAAAGGUUGGUCAUAUACAAGUUCUGUUGAAGAACACUUGAGAUCAGCGAUUUGCUGAUCUUAACCCAAGAAGCACGAGUGACAACUCAUCUGUCCACUGGUCACCUUUUUUGCACAUUAACGAUACUUUUAAUGUAGGAUACAAACGUUCCACCGCAAUGUCGAAUUGUGGGGGGUGGUAAGAAGUAGUGCGGAUAUGAUGAGAGUCCAAGAUGUAUGCAACUCGCGGAUCAACUCCGACACAAAUCGGCGGACUUGAUUGGAUGGUGUUAUUUCGGUUUCGGCAAGUCUGCUACGGGGAUUUCCUCCGACCAGCGAGUGAAGAACGUUGAGGAUAUAUCGCUUUCCCUUCGAUGGCAGCAGAGGACCCAUCAAAACAAUAUGUACUAGCCGAAAUCUAAACUUCGGAGGGCUGAAUGUACCAAGAGGUGAGACGGUGUAACGAGUGACUUUCCAAAGUUGGCAAUCCUUGCACGUCCUAACGAACUGGUUAACAUCUUUUUUCUUUCUAGAAGGCCCCACGUGUCCCAGGAUAAGCCAUACCGUGAAGU